AUGAGUAACAUUACAUAUACAGUUGGUAAUAUUCUUCCUGUUACCGGUUAUCCCCGUAUUUUGAUCCAUUCAUGUAAUUGUGGUGGGUCAUGGGGUGGGGGAAUUGCAUAUCAAUUAGCAGCUCGUUAUCCCAAGGCUGAACAAGUUUACGUAGAUGCCUGUGACAAAUAUGGUAAUGAAUUAUUGGGUAAAUGUCUGUUCAUUCCAAGUUACAAGGAUGAUGAUCUAAUCAUAUGUUGUCUCUUCACUUCCGCCUUUGGUGGCGCCAGUCAUGAUUACAAGAGAUCGAUUCUUAAUUAUACCGAACAAGGUUUAAAGAACGUCAGAACUUGGGUUUAUGAAGGCGGAAAUGCAAUUCAAGAUCCAAUUGAAAAAGAUAUUAAUUCUGUACUUCACAAAUUGGAUAAACCGCUCAAGGAUUACAAAUUAGAAAUGCCCAAGAUAAACAGUGGUAUAUUUGGAGUUCCUUGGGGAGAAACUGAAAAUGUUCUGAAGGAAUUCGGUUCAGGUAACCAAAUACUAAAUUUUACCGUUUAUUCAUUAUAA